CCAGCAGCUGAUUAAAACCAUCUCCCGCGCUGUGAGUGGCUCGCUCGGCCGAAGGGUCGAGCGCGACGGAAUAUUUAACCGGGCCGACGGGCUCCGCUCAUUCGCCGGCUGCAGUCGUGGAAGGAUCAUGCACGAAGCGGCGCGGGUCUAGUCGGGUUAAGAAUAUUAUGCCUGUACAUUAAGGAUCACUAACUGGAUCCCAGUAACGUCUUGAGCGAAGGCUUCUUUAAUGUUCCUGGAGUUGUGAGGCUGGCUUUUAUCUCGCCAUGUCAAACGAAGUAGAAACCGCAAGUGUGAACAGUCAGCCUGCCCAGCAACAGGCACCUCUGAAAACACAACCAUCCAAGAAGGAGAAAAAGAAAGGAUCUGAGAAGACAGAUGAGUUCCUCUUGGCCAGAUUUCAAGGUGAUGGCGUGAGAUACAAGGCCAAACUGAUCGGCAUUGAUGAUGUUCCCGAAGCAAGAGGAGAUAAGAUGAGCCAAGAUUCAAUGAUGAAGCUGAAGGGGAUGGCAGUCGCAGCCCGUUCUCAAGGACAGCACAAGCAGAAGAUAUGGGUGAACAUUUCCCUUGCUGGUAUCAAGAUCAUAGAUGAGAAGACGGGGGUUAUUGAGCAUGAGCAUCCAGUCAACAAAAUCUCCUUCAUUGCUCGGGACGUGACUGACAAUCGUGCCUUUGGCUAUGUCUGUGGAGGAGAAGGGCAGCAUCAGUUUUUCGCUAUAAAAACAGCACAGCAGGCUGAGCCUCUAGUUGUAGAUCUGAAGGACCUCUUCCAAGUAAUCUACAAUACAAAGAAAAAGGAAGAAGAGGACAAGAAAAAGAAUGAAGAAGCCAAUAAGACAACUGAGAAUGGCAGUGAUGACCCGGCUGAUCAAGUGGGCAAAAUGAAGCUGGGUGUUGAUCAAAUGGAUCUGUUUGGAGACAUGUCAACUCCUCCUGACCUGAACACUCCCACAGAGGAGGAUAAAGAGGUCCUGUUAGUGGAUUUAAAUGCUGAAAUUGAGGCCCCUCCAACUUCUGUCAAAGAGGAUGAUCUUUUCUUGAAUGACAUCACGCCUUCUCUGUCACAGCCAAAACCACAGCCACCUUUCUUGCCUGAAAACGCUUUCUCUGCAAACCUGAGCUUUUUUCCUACUCCCAACCCUGACCCUUUCCGCGAUGAUCCUUUCACGCAACCUGACCAAUUGGCACACCUCCCGCUUGAUUCUUUAAAACCUCCCAAUCAGAAGAUGGCGACUCUCGGCGGUGGCAUGAAUGGUGACGUAGACUACUUUGGGAAACAGUUUGACCAGAUUUCCAACCGAACUGGCAAGCAGGAUAUACAGGCCAGCCAGUGGGGGCUGGAGAGUAAGCCAGCUCAGCUAGCAACGAGGACUCCCAACGGGGUGCCAGAGAGAGAACAGAAUGGCUUCAUUGCCAAAUCCCCACCCAACGUGUUCACAGAGAGCCCUUCCAAAGGAUUACCUGUGCAAAAUGGAUUACAGCUAGACUCCAGCAGCAGCAUCCAGUCGGUGGCUUUGAGCCCACCUCCUCAAAGUACCAAGCCAGGAAGAGGAAGGAGGACUGUUAAGAGUGCAGCUAAUGACUUGUUUGGAUCUGACAUUUUUGCUCCCGGCCUUCCCAUGACAAGCACCUUGACUAAUACAGUCCAGCCUGCGCCAGUGCAAACCAGUCCUCUGGACCUUUUCGGUUCUAGUGCUCCGGCAGUAACUCCUGUGUCUGGACGAGGUGGCUUGCCUAAAGCAAACUCCCCAACACCAGCAUGGGGCCCCUCAUCUGCUGUCUUCAGCCAGCCUGCUUCAGUAGUUCCUGGACCUGUUCUGGGUGUUCAGCCUCCAGGCUUUCCUCAGCCUCUUGGAUUCGGUGCCACUCCACAAGUUCCUAGCUGGAAUCAGUCAGCAUCCUUAGGAGCCCCAACCCAGCCUCCCCUUCCGGAUAUCUGGGGUCAUCCAGCACACGUGUCUCCUCCUAAUGCUUGGGCACAGCCAUCCUCCACAGGAAACCCCUUCCAGGCCAGCACGUUCCCAUCGACCCUAGCUGCCCAGCCCCCAACUCUGUUGUCUUCCAUGUCCUCCAUCAGUCCUCCUCCUCAGCUCCCUCCAAGAACUGCACCUCCAAAGGAGCCCACCAAGAAGGAAAGUGAUGCCUUCACCGCUCUGGAUCCCCUCGGCGAUAAGGAGAUAAAGGAUGUAAGAGAGAUGUUCAAAGACUUCCAGUUGACGAAACCACCUGCUGUGCCUGCCAGGAGGGCAGAGCAGCAACAAGGUCUGUCUGGUGCCUCUGGAGCCUUUGCCAGUUACUUCACUAACAAAGUAGGGGUUCCUCAAGAUGUGGCUGACCAUGAUGAUUAUGAAGCUAGUCAGCUGUCUGCCAAAAUCCGUGUUCCACCAAAGCCUGUUCCUAGACAAACCACUGUGCCUCUUAAAAAUCCUGCUGAGGAUCUGUUUGAAAACCCUUUUAAGACAGACCCUUUCGGUGCUCCCUCAGUAAAUUCCGCUGCAAUUCAGCCUUCUGCUCUAUUUGGUGAUCCUUUCGGAAAUCCAUUUGUAUAGACUUG